AUGGAGCAACGCAGUGAAACACCAACAAGUACGAAACCGGCACGAGAUGAAGAUGGACAAAUCGGGAGCGGUCCGGCGGCAUCGGCAGUACCACAACGAAGUCCCGACUGGAGCAGUGGAAGCCUCCAACCGGCCGGGCUGUUCAGCCGUGAAGCAACUCGCGGCAGUUUUUCUCUCGGAAGUAUACUAAAUGCGCCUGACUCGAUUCGCCCCGGUUCGCGAUCGAAUGAGCCUCUCAUUCCUGCAGACGACCCGAUUCAACUAGGUCUCGUCAACGUUUCAAUCGCCUCGUCUUUGUUUGACAACUUCAUGGAGAACCUCAACCCAUACAUCAGUCAGCUGGAUCCACAACUACACACCUUCGAUCGAGUCCGGCAACAGUCCGCAUUUCUGCUUACUUCAGUCUUGGCAGCCGCUGCGAAAGCUUUCAACCCAGCCCUUCACAAGAAGCUCCGCGAGCAUGCCGAAGACAUCCACGCCAGCGAUUUCCGACAGGGCACCAAGUCAGUCGAGACAGCACAAGCUGUUAUGAUCUUGACGUAUUGGAAAGAGUCACAGGACACCCGCGCCUGGAUGCUCUUGGGGUACGUCAUCAGGAUGGGCAUGGAACUGGGCUGGCAUCGGCUAGCCCCUUACUCUCACCACCAUCCGCCCUCGGCUUCGGAUCUGGAACGUCGCCAAGCAAGGAACAUUGAGAGGACCUGGUUUGUCCUAUUUGUGUACGAUCGAAGGUACGAUGACUCCAAGACACCAAGCGCAUCGGCCGGUCCACAAAGUGGACUCACACAAUCAUUGACACAUCGCAGCAUGAGCCUACAAACGGGCAAGCCCUGGAUGAUAGAACGAAGCGAGUUCGUCGAGUCUAUCGAAGCAUGGUGUAGGGACACGAUGGCCACGCCCGGAGACCGAUUUCUCGGUGCGUUGGUUACAUUGCGCCUCUUGAGUUCUGAAGUCUUCAGGCUGCUGGGACCACGGUCGAGUAGGGUUCGCGCCAGGCAACUGCACAACCUCGAGUCUUUGCUUGCCAUAAUCAAGGGCAGAAUCGAGGAAUGGGAAUCAAGGUGGCUCAAUAUGGCCGACAAAGACAGUUGCCACCCCUUCCUGAUUCAAUUCUAUGGCACCCACCUUCGGCUGCAGUUGUUCAGCUUGCCUUUGCAGGACAUUCUGGCACAGGCUGAUCAAAACAUAUCGUACCACAUGGAGGCUCUCUGGGUCAGCUAUUCUAGCGCCCUAGAGAUGCUACACCUCAUAUGUCGUUAUUCCUCGUGGCUCUACUUUGCCCAGGACUCUAUUCACGUAAUGACUGCGUACAGUGCAGCUUUUCUGAUAAAGCUCUUGAUGUCGACUCCGCAUCCGAUUUCCAGCCAAAUAAGACCCGCCAUCCACGGCGCAAUCUCAGGUGCUGCACGCGCGUUCUCCCAGCAAGCUGCGCCGUCAGGCUCAAGCUGUGCACUACAGUCUAGGUUUCUCGACAAAAUUUUGGCCAAAAUCGCCAAAGAUUCAAGCGAGGAGCUGGUGGCCCGAGACACCACUGCGACCGAGUCUCACAGCCAGCCUGGAGCCGGCAGGCAUACGUGCGGAGCUGAGAGCAGCAUCACAGCAACAUCGGCCCGUGUCUUUAGCCAGAUGGAGGCCGGGUUGACUUUAGACUUUGGAGACGAUGAGGAAUGGGCUGGUAUCAUGGCCGAAGCAGGUUUCAAUGCCCAAGACGGCGUGUUUUUCGCGUGA